CGCUGGAGAAAGAGCCGGCGCCAGCCGCGGUGGCGCGGGGAUCCGGAGCCCAGGGACGCCGAGUCGAGCCGGGACUGAGGGGCGGUGGCACCUGGGCCGCGGAGAAGGCGCGCGCGGGCGGGAGGGGGCGGCCCGGGAUCGGAGCCGCACGCGAGGGCGGCGCCCAGGGACUCCAGCGGCGAGGAGCAGGGCAGCUGGCCUGGAGCUUAUAGCUGGGGCGUGUGCCAUGGCCCCACACUGGGCUGUCUGGCUGCUGACAGUGGGGCUGUGGGGCCUGGGCAUCGGGGCUGAGGUGUGGUGGAACCUGGUACCCCGGAAGACGAUAUCUUCUGGGGAGCUGGCCACAGUGGCACGGCGGUUCUCUCAAACGGGCAUCCAGGACUUCCUGACACUGACCGUGACCGAGCAGACCGGACUCCUGUACGUGGGGGCCCGGGAGGCCCUGUUUGCCUUCAGCAUGGAGGCUCUGGAGCUGCAAGGAGUGAUCUCAUGGGAGGCGCCUGCAGAGAAAAAGGCUGAGUGCAUCCAGAAAGGGAAGAGCAACCAGACGGAGUGUUUCAACUUCAUCCGCUUCCUACAGCAAUAUAACGCGUCCCACCUGUACGUGUGUGGCACCUACGCCUUCCAGCCCAAGUGCACCUAUGUGGACAUACUCACCUUCACCUUGGAGCGCAGAGAGUUUGAGGAUGGGAAAGGAAAGUGUCCUUAUGACCCUGCUAAGGGCCACACUGGCCUCCUUGUGGACGGCGAGCUGUACUCAGCCACACUCAACAACUUCUUGGGCACGGAGCCUGUUAUCGUGCGUAACAUGGGGCCCCAUCACCCCAUGAAGACAGAGUACCUGGCUUUCUGGCUCAAUGAACCUCAUUUUGUUGGCUCUGCCUAUGUCCCCGAGAGCCUGGGUAGCUUCACUGGCGACGACGACAAAGUCUACUUCUUCUUCAGUGAGCGGGCUUUGGAGUAUGACUGCUACACGGAGCAGGUGGUGGCCCGUGUGGCCCGCAUCUGCAAGGGAGAUGUGGGGGGUGCACGGACCCUGCAGAAGAAGUGGACCACGUUCCUGAAGGCUCGGCUGGUGUGCUCAGCCCCCGACUGGCAGCUCCACUUCAACCAGCUGCGAGCACUGCACACCCUGCAGGACGUCUCCUGGCACAACACCACCUUCUUUGCGGUUUUUCGGGCACGAUGGGGCGAUGUGGACCUGUCAGCAGUCUGCGAGUACCAGCUGGAAGAGAUCCAGAGGGUGUUCGAGGGUCCCUACAAGGAGUACCGUGAGCAAUCCCAGAAGUGGGGCCGCUACACUGAUCCUGUACCCAGCCCGCGGCCGGGCUCGUGCAUCAACAACUGGCACCGUCGCCACGGCUACACCAGUUCUCUGGAGCUGCCUGACAACACCCUCAACUUCAUCAAGAAGCACCCGUUGAUGGAGGAGCAGGUGAAGCCUCGCUGGGGCCGGCCCCUGCUUGUGAAGAAGGACACCAACUUCACCCACCUGGUGGCUGACCGUGUCACAGGGCUGGAUGGAGCCACCUACACAGCACUGUUCAUUGGCACGGGAGACGGCUGGCUGCUCAAGGCUGUUAGCUUGGGACCGUGGGUCCACCUAAUUGAGGAGCUACAGGUGUUUGACCAGGAGCCCGUGGAAAGCCUGGUCCUGUCCCGGAGCAAGAGGCUGCUGUUUGCGGGCUCCCACUCGCAGCUGGUUCAGCUGCCCCUGGCUGACUGCGUGAAGUACCGCUCCUGUGCAGACUGUGUCCUCGCUCGGGACCCCUACUGCGCCUGGAGCGUCAACACCAGCCGCUGUGUGCCCGUUGGUGGCCACUCUGGGUCCCUGCUGAUCCAGCACGUGAUAGUCUCAGACACCUCAGGCAUCUGUAACUUCCGAGGCAGUAAGAAAGUCAGGCUCACAUCCAAAAACAUCACAGUGGUGGCAGGCACAGACCUGGUGCUGCCCUGCCGCCUCUCUUCCAACCUUGCCCAUGCCCGCUGGACCUUUGGGGGCCGGGACCUGCCUGCAGAACAGCCUGGCUCUUUUCUGUAUGAUGCUCGACUACAGGCCCUGGUUGUGAUGGCCGCCCAGCCCCGCCAUGCUGGGGCCUAUCACUGCUUUUCCGAGGAGCAGGGGGCACGGCUGGCUGCCGAAGGCUACCUUGUGGCUGUGGUGGCGGGCCCAUCGGUGACCCUGGAGGCCCGGGCACCCCUGGAAAACCUGGGACUAGUGUGGCUUGCUGUGGUGGCCCUGGGGGCCCUGUGUCUGGUACUGUUGCUGCUCGUUUUGUCACUGCGCCGGCGGCUACGGGAGGAGCUGGAGAAAGGCGCCAAGGCAGCGGAAAGGACCCUGGUAUACCCUCUGCAGCUGCCCAAGGAGCCCACUAGACCCCCCUUCCGGCCUGGCCCCGAAACUGAUGAGAAACUCUGGGAUCCUGUUGGCUACUACUACUCGGACGGCUCACUCAAAAUUGUGCCCGGACACGCCCGGUGCCAGCCUGGGGCUGGGCCCCCUUCUCCGUCUCCUGGCAUCCCUGGCCAGCCCCUGCCAUCCCCAACUCGGCUUCAGCUGGGAGGUGGGCGGAACUCAAACGCCAACGGUUAUGUGCGCUUGCAGCUAGGUGGGGAGGACCGUGGCAUGGGGCUCGGGCACCCCCUGCCCGAGCUGGCGGAUGAACUGAGGCGCAAACUGCAGCAGCGCCAGCCCCUGCCAGACUCCAACCCCGAGGAGUCCUCAGUAUGAGGACCCUGCCACGACACGUCGGCGGGGCAGCCUGGGAGCCAUGGCUCCCACUUUUGCACAGGCACCAGCUACCUCAGGGACAUGGCGCGGGCACCUGCUUUGCUGGGACAGACCCUGCCCAGCACCCACCCAGCUAUGAGGACCUGCUCUGCUCAGCAUGGGCACUGCCACUUGGUAUAACUUACCAGGGUACCACCCACCCAGAAGGCGCCUUUCUCCUCUCUGUGAGGGGCUGUGAAUCGCGGACAUGUGGGACCCCAGCAGCCAAAACUUCAAGGCAGAAGUUGGAGGUGUGUGUGUGCGUAUGUAUGCGUGUGUGUGUGCAUGUGUAUGUGCACAUGCGUGUGUGUACACGUGUGCGUGCCUGUGCACACGGGCAUGUUGGAUAGCCUUCCUGUUUCUGUCAGUCUUCCCUUGGCCUGGGGUGGUCCUGGUAAGUCAUUGGAGCUAUGAAGGGCAAGGGGUCAGAUCACUUUGCCUCUCCUAUCCCCACCUGUCCACAGGGUGGGGCAGCGAUGUACAUAUGGGGGUGGGUGGGGCAGGGUGCUGUGCUCCUUGGGGGAGUGCAGGGCUUUGGGGUGGGCCUAGCCCUGCUCUUAGGGUUGUGAAUGUUUUCAGGGUUGGGGGGAGGGAGAUGGAGCCUCCUGUGUGUUGGGGGGAAAGGGUGGGAGGGGCCUCCCACUUGGCCCUGGGGUUCAGUGGUGUUUUAUACUUGCCCUCUAUAUACAGGACUGGGAGGGGAGAGAAGGUGGGCAUGCUAUGGAUAUGGCAUAUCCUCUCCCAGCCCUGGAGGAGGGCUUCUAAUGGUGUAACUUAUUGUGUCCCCUCAUAUUUAUUUGUUGUAAAUAUUUGAGUAUUUUUAUAUUGACAAAUAAAACGGAGAAAAUGAAAC